AUGUCUCUCCCGAAGCCCGUUGUCCCUCUGGACAACAUUUGUUCGGUCAUUUUUCAAAAUACCCUUUACACAUUCUCCGCGGGAGUCCUUCAGUCUCUGGAGCUGGUGCCAGGCGCCAACUGGACACAACUCGCGACCGGUGAGCCGGUGAAGGGAGGUGCCUGUGUCGGUUCGACCAACGCAGACCAGGCUGGGUUCUGGGUCGUCGGCGGUACUGGAGCUAGCCCUGACUACAAGGGCCUUCAGAAGUUUACCUACUCGACUAAGAAAUGGGAGAGCAUAAAGCCUUCGACCAACGACUUGCAGGGAAGGCUCGGGCACGGAGCGGCAUAUCUGACCAAUACGAACAGUAUCGUGGUCUACGCCGGCGUCCAGGGCGGAGCUCCGGGCGCUUCAUCACAGACCUUUACCGUCUCUGCGUCAGCUCCGUACGGUACUUGGUCGGUGCCAAUGCCGGCGAAUGCACCUCUCCCCGCGCUGAACCCCAUGUUGCUCCCCUGGACGGCUUCACAGGUCGUCCUGGUUGGCGGGAGUGCCGAGAAGCGGCUCAUGCUCUUCGAUUCGGGCAGCGGAUGGAUUGAGUCGGGUGCCACAUUGGCGGCACCGCUGGCUAAAGACGUCAGCGUCAUGAAGUCCGUCGUGAUGACGGGCGAUGACAACUCGAAACACCUCUUGACCUUUGACAUGAGCGUAUCACCCAACCAGGUUACGAGAAGUGUCUUGAUCGAUGGAAAGGGUCUUCCCGUCCACAACUCAGGAAUUAUCGUAGCAAGAUCGGAGGACAAGGAGAGCCGACACAGGAGCCGGCGAAACUCGAGGAGGCAAGCCAAGUCUCUCACUUCAGGCGACUGGCCGAAGUAUAACGCGACCCUCGCCCCGACGGCGACUAGGAGCAACUUUGCCCUGGCCCAAGACUCCAGUGGUCUGGUAGUCGCUGCUGGCGGAAACCCCGAGGAUAUUCUGUGCAUGUUUGACGCUCGCACAAACAGCUGGCAGAACGCCUCGGCUGAACUCGCGGAUCAGAAAGUCUUCGCGCAGUCGAUCUCGUCCAGCUCAUCUUCUACGACCUCCACCAGCUCCUCGGCCUCUUCAACGACGACCUCUGCUCUUUUGACCUCAUCUUCAACCGUUCCCGCAUCCACUUCUGCUACCCCGACCCCGACGGCAUCAGAGACCGUUGCUCCCGUCGCUGCGGCUUCAACAAGCGGUAUGAUGUCGGCGAACACGAUGCUCGGCAUCGUUCUUGGAUCAAUUGGUGGUCUCGGCGCGAUUCUUCUCAUCAUCUACAUCUGCAUCCGGAGGCGACGCGCAAAGAGGCAGAACUUUGCUGCUGCCGGACACAACCGCCGUUCAAGCGGCGCCUCUUCGGGCGAGAAGGACGGAUUUGGCUUUGCAAAUGACAUCCACCCUCCGGGUCCACGCGGCACGUAUCGGGGCGGGCACCAGCAGCAGGGCUCUGAGAACUCGUUCUCGUCCAUGGCCAUCCUCAUGAACAACGUCAACCAGAACAAGAGCGGCCUGGGGAGAAACAACAGCAAGGAAUCGAAGCGCAGCUCAACGAGCAGCAUCUUCAACAAGGCGUUCAAGAGCACUAUCAGCAAGCCUAUCCCGCAAAUGGCCGAGCAAAACUAUACUACCUCGCCAACGCGGUCCGCGCCCAGGGAAGAGAGAGGGGUUGUGUUUGGCGCGGACGUGGCCCAGCCUCGUCCUGCCGCCAACCGGGCUGACCCUCAGGAUGGCACAAGACGGUCUUCCGGCUGGAACCGCUACUGGUCCGGCGGCAGCGCCCUAAAUAUACUUGGAUUCGGCAAUGGGAACGGGAACGCUAACAGCGCAUCGAAGCACUCCACGGUGCUCAGCGACGAGAGCAGUCAGUACUCGAACCAGCAUCGCAUCACCCAGGACUCUGCCACGGUCCCGCCGCUGCAGAUCCCGCCUGUGAUGCCGGAGGCGAAGCCGCAGUUCAGUCGCGUGAACUCGGGCUCGCCAACCAUCUCCCGAUAUGAUCCCGGUGCUCUGGCCAUGGACGGAAUGCGCGGCCACAUUGAGCGGCCCAGCAGCGGGGUCUCGAGCUUGUCGGCGUACUCGAGCGGCAUACCCGCCAGUGUCCACGAGGCCUGGGACCCGACGUCCGUUACGGACUCGAAGCCGUGGGGCACGGAACGGGCGCCUAGCAGCGCGUAUAGUGGAAACAGCUUCACUACUCCGCUGGCGCCGGCGUCUGCCUCUAACAACGCCAAGCCGGCCGCUCCCUCGGGUGUCAGCCGACAGCCCCAGCUUGCCAUGGCCGCCACGUCCUCUGACAUGAGCUGGUUGAACCUAGGAGAUCAGACGCGCAUUUGA